CUCACUCACUCACUCACUCACUCGGUUAAAAAACAUACACAAACUAUCUUCCGCAAAAAACCACCCACUUUCGUGUGUAGAAUAAGCAAAGAUUUUCAGCCGCCACCCUCCAUUAAACCCCUGCAAAAACCUUGCAACACCCAUCAAUGGCGGCUCUUACAUCCUCAAAUCUGUCACUCACCAACACCACAAUUCCAAAACCCAUUUUCCCCAAAACCCCCUUUACAACCCUCCUCUCUCUCUCCUCCCCAAAACCAUCUUUCUCUCUCCUCUCUCUUUCCUCCAAACCCCACAUCAAACCCACCUCCCAUUUCGCCACCGUCACUCGGUGCUCCGCUGCCUCACCUGGAGGUAGGCCUGAGUAUGUCCCCAACAAAAUUUCCGACCCGAAUUAUGUUAGAAUCUUUGAUACCACCCUCCGAGAUGGCGAGCAAUCUCCGGGUGCAUCGAUGACACCGAAGCAGAAGCUGGAGAUUGCUCGGCAUCUCGCCCGCCUCGGUGUUGAUAUCAUCGAAGCAGGGUUCCCGGCGGCCUCCAAUGCUGACUUGGAGGCCGUUAAAUCGAUUGCGAUUGAAGUGGGUAAUGCGGUUGAUGAGGAUGGGUAUGUGCCUGUCAUUUGUGGGCUUUCCCGGUGUAAUAAGGCCGACAUUGAUGCUGCUUGGGCAGCGGUGAAGUAUGCGAAGAGGCCGAGAAUUCAUACGUUUAUUGCAACUAGUGAGAUUCAUAUGGAGCAUAAGUUGAAUAAGACUAGGGAGGAAGUGGUUGAGAUUGCUAGAAAAAUGGUUAGUUAUGCUAGGAGUUUAGGGUGUGAUGAUGUCGAGUUUAGCCCUGAAGAUGCUGGCAGGUCAGAUAGAAAAUUUCUUUAUCAGAUUCUAGGAGAAGUUAUUAAAGCUGGAGCAACCACUUUAAAUAUUCCUGAUACGGUGGGUUAUACAGUCCCUUUUGAGUUUGGACAGUUGAUUGCUGAUAUAAAGGCUAAUACACCUGGAAUAGAGAAUGUGAUCAUCUCAACACAUUGUCAGAAUGAUCUUGGGCUUUCUAGUGCCAAUACAGUAGCUGGAGCAUGCGCAGGUGCAAGGCAAUUAGAGGUAACCAUUAAUGGAAUUGGUGAAAGAGCAGGAAAUGCGUCACUUGAAGAGGUUGUCAUGACCAUUAAAUGCCGUGGGCAAUCAUUGGGUGGUCUUUACACUGGAAUUCAGACAGAACACAUUGUGAAGGCCAGCAAGAUGGUGGCUGAGUAUUCAGGACUGCUCGUACAGCCUCACAAGGCCAUAGUUGGAGCUAAUGCUUUUAAGCAUGAGAGUGGAAUUCACCAGCAUGGAAUGCUAAAACACAAAGGCACAUAUGAAAUCAUGUCUCCAGAAGAUAUAGGGCUACAGCGAGCCGAUGAAUCUGGUCUUGUACUUGGAAAACUUAGUGGACGUCAUGCGUUGCAAAAAAGACUUGAGCAGCUGGGAUACUCCUUUGAAGGCAAGGAACUUGAUGAUAUAUUCUGGCGCUUUAAAUCAGUUGCCGAGAAGAAAAAGCAUGUCUUGGAUGAGGACAUUGAAGCCUUAGUGAUCGACGAGCUUUUCCAGCCGGACUCAGUGUGGUCUCUUGGCGAUCUCCAGGUUACAUGUGGAACUCUUGGACUUUCUACAGCAACUGUUAAGCUCGUUGAUGUUGAUGGGAAGGAACAUGUUGCUUGUUCAGUCGGAACUGGACCAGUUGAUUCUGCAUAUAAAGCUGUUGAUUCAAUUGUGAAGGUACCUGUGACUCUACUUGAGUACUCACUUACAGGUGUGACAGAAGGUAUAGAUGCUAUAGCUACCACCAAAGUAUUAGUACGCGGAGAUGAUGGUUUCACAACUACGCAAGCUACUACUGGAGAGCAAAUUCGCCGAACAUUCAGCGGGAGUGGUUCUGAAAUGGAUAUUGUAGUCUCGAGUGUCCGAGCUUACGUUAGUGCUCUAAAUAAGAUGCUAGCGUACGAGAGUAAACCUAGUCAGAAAGUCCCAGCAGAGAAUUCUUAUGUUUCUGCCUCAGAUGCUGUCCCUGCUGGUAGUGCUUGAAGAAUUUAUGAGUCUGUGAUCUCGCUUAGUUUCUGUACAAAUGUGGGAUGUAAGCCUGCUUUUUUGUCUAGGUUGUCAUGAAUGGUGUCUCCUCGUGUUCUAUAAUGUGAAUAUUGAGCAUGUGGUCAUUUGUUACAGCAAAGAGAUCAUUCACCAGUUUGCCCCUCAGUGUAGUCUGUAACAUCUUUUUUGGUAGACUGUAACAUGUAACUUGAGAUUGCAUUAUAGUGGUUUUAAGCCAAGGUUUGUCAGAAUUUGAAUUUCAUGUGCAAGAAUAAAAAUUACCAAUAAAGUACUUUGCUUUCUACUUUGUCA